CAUCAGUUGUUUCGAUGGUUUUGGAUAUUAUAGAAAAUAUAUUGAAACUUUGCGACAAUGAAAUGGACAUUGAUAAUGACCUUAUCCAGACAGAAAACAUAAAUUUAAUCACUAGAGUGAUACGUCCCCACAUUUCUUCCUUAUUAGAUAACUUGGAAUAUGGGCUAUUACAAUAUAGCCAAAACGGCACAUUUGGUAGAGAUACAUUUUCUAAGCGAGAAGUUUCAAUCCUUUCAAAGAUUGCGGCAUAUGUUAAUAAUGGAGAGCAAGCCAAAAAAUUGGUGGAUUUAUUACUUCCAUAUCUUCAAAAGUUACCUCGAUUUGUUACCGAACAAACAAAAGCACAUAUUUUGAGAAUAAUUGCAAAAUUUUUACACAUCAUUCCAGGAUUUGAGCCAUCCAAUGAAUUAUUUGCAAAAUAUUAUGAUAAUAUUUCUAAAGAGCUUUCUACGCUUCGCUCGCGAGAAUGCCGCGAUCUUUUGAUUGAAGUUCUCCAAGAAUUUUCAAAAUUAGAUAAUACUUUGCAGGAAACGGUAGAAUUUAUUAAAGAUAUUAAUUCUUUCUCGACAAUUAGAUUAAAUGAACCGGACUUUGAAAGACGAUUAGGUGCUUUUAGUCGUAUUAACCAAAAAUCCUAUAAAACAUUUUCAGCGAUGCAAUGGUUGCCAUUGUUGUAUAAUUGCAUUUUCUUUAUUCAAGAUCCAGAAGAAGUUUCAAUUCGGAAUAAUUCAUCUUAUUGCAUUAUUUGUUUUAUUGAUAGCUUUGUUGAACAUCACAAUAGUGUCGAAUUAAAUGAUGUUUCCGCUUCUUCAGACGUUCAUAACAAAUUUCAGAAUAUUUUGAUUAAA